AGCCCAAGGUCAGCCGUGAGAGUUACCUAAACAAAUCGAGAGAGACCGUGUGGGGACGACACAUGACGACAAGAUAAGUGUCGCCGCCGUGUUGAAGGCGCUCUAAGAUUCCUCAAUACGUUGCUUUCAACCCAAAGCCACCGUCGUGCCGGAGAUGCCAGCUUUUGGUUUAAGUGCUACUGAUUUUUUAUUUAAUCUUUUCCCAUCCCCAAUGAAGUAUUAAUUUAUGACAGCUUCCAACCAUCUGUCAAAAAUAUUUGUUAUUAUUAACCAUUAAUCUAAACCAAAGCUCUCUGAUUUGAAAUGGCUGCUUCUUCGUCCCAAGGACAACACAAGACUGUCACCGGCUAUCCAGUUCCGCCCGCCCAAUUUGCCGCCGGCUACCCUGCCGCAGCUCCCUACCCUUAUGCGGCCCCACCGCCGCACCCCAACCGCAGUAAUUACCAUCCCACGGGCCCACCCCCUCCCUACUACAACCCUCAGCCCAAUGGGCCCUUCAGGCGCAAACCCACCGUCCUCUGCCGCAUCAUCAUCGCCGCCGUCGCUGUGUUCGCCGUCAUGUCCAUCAUCUUCUUCAUCUCCUGGCUCGUCCUCCGCCCCCAACUCCCCGAGUUCCGGGUCGAAUCGGCCAGCGUCUCUCCGCUCAACGCGACUAGCUCCGAGCUAACCGCCACGUGGGACUUCACCCUCCUCGCCACCAACCCCAACCACAAGCUCACCAUCUUCUACGACCGCCUUACCGCCUCGCCCGUGUACGGCGGAGUUCCGCUCACCACGGCGGCUGUGCCUCCCUUCGUCUCAGCCAAGAGGAACCAGACGCGCGUCAAUUUCAAGCUCGCGAUGGUGGGGGAAUACGUCCGCGACGACGUGGCGAGGGGAAUCGCCGACGGGAAGGAUCGCGGGUCGGUGAGGUUCGGAGUGUGGGUGGCGGCGUGGGUUCGGUUUAAGUCUGGGGUGUUUCAAUCGAGAUCGCGGUUGUUGCGGGUCUACUGCAAUCGGGUCGAAUUCACCGGGUUUGCCCGAAAUAAUGGGACCGGGACUUUGACGGGUCAGUCAAGUCCGUGCGAAGUUGAGUUAUGAGACUGCUAAGAGAGCAAGAGAAAUUAAAGUGAAAAUAAAGGAUUCAAGGCAUGAGACAUCAAAUUAGGUUUACAAUGAAGAGAUAAGUGGUUGAAUAAGGUUAUGGUUCAGCUUUGGUUGUGUUUGGAUUAAUAUUUGAACUUUGGGCUGAAGGAACAGAAGCCCAACAAGAACCAAGAAGGCAUGACUCUGCCCGAAGGUCCAGCAUCAAACCCAUUCGCCCAGCCCAAGGCAAAAUGAUUCCACAUUUAAUGCAAAAGCUAGUGGCUUGAAAGAAGUGACACUUGAUGGAAAUCAGCCUACUCUCAGCCCAAAAACACUUUCUGGAUGGCAGAGUACGUAAAUUACUGAUGAGUCACUACUCCUCAAUUGCUUUCGGGCAGGAGCCAAGCUACAAGUAGUUAGGCUAAUUUGCCUAUAAAAGGAGGAAGAGGGCCCAGAGACAAGGGCACUCAACCAAUCAAACAAACAAAUACACAAACUCUGCUCAAGUCAGAUUUGCAUACGAAGCUGUAGUCAGCCCCCAACCUCAAUCAUUUUCAAGAUCAGCUCUCACAAAAGCCAUCUUUUGUUUAGUUUAAUAGCUGCUGACUCAUGUAGCUAUUGAUUAGUGAGUGUAGUUUUUUAAUUAAGCUUGUUUAAUUCCAAUUAAUUAUGUUUACUGUUGCGUAUAUAAGUCUGGGAGAUUCUAGAUUAUUUACUAGAGAAUUGCAUUUGUUGAGUUAAUAAAAGAAAGCUCUCUCUCUCGUUGGUGUGAAAAAGAUUUCAUGGGAUUUGUCAAUUUCAGGCAUGGAUUUUGUGAA